UAAAACGACUUUUGUAAUCCCAAACACACCCUAAUUUGAGUUUUGCUGCAAAUUUUCAUGUGGGAAAGCAGCGAGACCUCGCCGCCAUGGAAAUCGUGGAAGAAGUACAAAAUCAACCUACAAUUUCCAAAAAAACGUAUGAAGCUCGAAGAAAUCGUGGAGGAGAGGGGAGAAGAUCGACUCAGUUCGUUGCAAGAUUGCUUGCUUCUUGAAAUCCUCUCUCGUUUACCCUAUACAAAAGACGCUAUUGGAACAGGUACGCUCUCGAAGCGAUGGAAACAUCUCUGGACUUGGGUUCCUUCUCUGAUUUUCAGUGAUCAUAAUCUUCCGCCGUGGGAGUUCUUUUCGUUCGUCAACAAAACCCUAACUCAAUGUCGCCAAUUGAAACUCAAGAAAUUCGAAGUGUCUAUCUUUUAUGAUAUACAAUCUGGAUCGCAACUCAACAAUUGGAUUCAUUAUGCUAUAAGAUGUAACGUUGAAGAGCUUAAUUUAAUGAUACGUAAUGUGGACGAGAGAGAUAAGUUUCUGUUAGAUCAAUGUUUCUUCAACAAUUCAUGUUUUACAGAUCUCACAUUAGAAGGCUGCAUGUUGAAUCCAUGUGGGGCUAUUAGUUGGAAAAAUCUUAGGAGUUUGUGGAUUUGUGAAGGGCAUUUAAAUGAAGAUCUGAUUGAAAAUAUAAUAGCAGGGAGUCCUGUAUUGGAAACUUUGGUAUUGGCUUAUUGCUAUGGUUACAAGCAGCUGCAUAUUACUUCAACGAGCAUUAAGAACUUGGUGGUCCAUGGAUACUAUUUGGAUCCUCCUAAUUAUGAGGAUGAUGAUUUAACCCAUAUUAUUGAAAUUAAUGCUCCUAAUAUUUUAUCACUAAAAAUUGAAGGUAACCUGUGGCAGUGGAAGAUUUUGCUGGUAAAUGUAUCUUCUUUAGUUAAAGCUAACUUAGACUAUACAAUGUUUGUGUAUCAUGAGACAAUACUUGAAGUGGAAGAAGAGAAGCUUAAAGAACAUAUACUAAACCUUUCCCAUGUGAAAGAGCUUAAAAUUGGGUUUUUAUGUUCUAAGGUUGUGUCUCGUUUAGAAGCAAAAGGUUUUGUUUUCCCAUCAAAUGUGAAGUUUCCUCAUGUUCGAUCCUCCGCCAGCUUUGCACUCUCACACUGAUUCGCUGGAGCUUGGUGAUUGGUCAGAUGGUUAAUUCUUGAGAUGGAGUCUGAUGUUUUUUUUGAUGUUUGUGAAGUCGUGAUGCAUGCUAGAAUGUAUGUAUUAUUGUAAUUGUAAAUCCGUAAUCCGAAUUAAUAGGUUUUGUUUUGAAUGCAUACAAGAAUGGUUGGAGGUAAUGCUUGAUAUAUCUAUUCUGUUUUGUAAUGGUUUGAUG